AUGACAUCACAGUCCAGACGCGACUUCCGCAACGCGUCGCUUCCUCGACCAAAGUCGCACCGACAACUUACAGCUAUCCUGCCUGUACUUCAAGCUGCCACUAUGGACGCGAACGCGAACGCACCCGCGCCCGCGUCGCGCAAGCCAGUCAAGCCUGCCGACAACAUCAAAAAGGGGCUCUGUGAGGCCUUGGAUGCAAUAAAACCUGCCGGGAGCUUCGCGGCAUUUGCCAAACUCUCUCACACCAACAUCAAGCCCAUCUUGGUCCGCGAUGUUGGCCAUAUAGCGUAUCCUCUGCAGGAAGCCACAGCUCGGCAACUGAUUGAAAAGGCGCGUCAGGCUCCCUACGGCAAGGGCAGCGAGACCUUUGUCGACACAUCGGUCCGCAACACAUGGGAGUUGGAUGCAGCUCAACUGGAUCUCAACCCUCUUACUGAGAAGACUCCGGGCAUGUUUGGCACUCUUAUCAUCUGUCUUCCCUCCGAGCACCAAGGCGGCGAUCUCGUCGUGAAGCAUCGCCAUGUCACCAAGACCUUCAAGUCUUCGCAAUCGCAGCCAUCCAUAGCAUGGUGGUUCUCAGAUGUCACCCACGAGGUCUUGCCCGUCACUUCUGGCAUCCGCUGGGUUCUAACCUACAACCUUGCCAUUACGCAUCCAGCCCAGCACCGCCCCUCGGCCGCGAUGAACACACCCGAGCUGGACGGCCUUGGAAACGCGUUGAAUGCAUGGCUGGAAUCUCGAGAGGCCAGCCUCUCACUUCCCAGCCUAAAAGGCGCCGAUCUAAACCGGAUGCAAUGCCUAAAAGCCGUGUGCGGUAGCCGAAACGCAACCUUGUUCCUCGGUGUCAUAGAAAAGAGGGCACUUGGAGCAUGCGAGACGCUCUACGACGAGGACGACUACUACGGUGAAGACGACUAUGACACUGCUUCCUGGCAUUCGUUCGCCGAGACUAUAGAAUCAGAAAUCACCAUCAAGAGGCUCGUUUCAACCGACGGACGCACCAUGCGCGAGGACCUGACCAUCCCAGAGGAUGAGCUGGAAGAGAGGCUGAUUCAGGAUGAGGAGGACCCGUUCGAAGGUGCCGAGCGCCGUGAGGAGGACUACAGCGGC